CACCGAUCCCAUUACCGCCGACCUGCGAGUCUCCCAGGAUUAACUUACUCUUUUUAUCCCUUCUUGUCCUGGAAUUUCUGUGAUACACGAGAUCUUUUCAGUUGAGACAGUGUACUCGGUCUUGCUCUGCAUUAUCGGGUACCCCGCCAAGUUGCGCCCAAGUUCUGUCCAAACUCGUUAUCAUGGCUGCCGGGCUAGGCGCGAAGAGACUGGGCAAAGAGCUCUCCAAGAUCUCCAGCAGCUUGCCGCCCGGCAUCACUCUGGUCUCGGCGGAGAAUCUCGAGGAAUGGUUCCUCGAUAUUAAGGUGCUCGACCAAAACCCCAUCUACGCUGGCGAGACCUACCGACUCAAAUUCAAGUUCAGCAAGUCAUAUCCCAUUGAACCUCCCGAAGUCACCUUCGUAAAGCUGAGCGACCGGCCUAUACCCAUGCACCCACACAUCUACUCCAACGGCAUAAUCUGUCUCGACCUCCUCGGCUCCCAAGGUUGGAGCCCGGUACAGAAUGUUGAGAGCGUAUGCAUGAGCAUCCAGAGCAUGCUGACAGGGAACACCAAGAACGAGCGGCCGCCCGGAGAUGAGGAAUUCGUUCGAGCGAACCGGCUGCGACCCAGAGACAUCGACUUCUACUACCACGACAAUACCGUCUAGGAGAAAACCUGCGGGGUCUUUUGAGUUUGCACUGCUGUUUACAGCCCGGCGUUUCUUUUUCAUGGAUGGGGGGCAUUGGGUCGCAUAAGGACUUGGACCACAGUUCGCGAGUUACAGGAGUUGAGCAUGGAUUGAACUGGAAUUGGGAAGUGCAAUUCAGGAAGGGUUCCAAGGUAGUCAGACGGAGGCACCCAUGUUGGAUGUAGUAGGCAGCCUGAGUACUGCUGGACAGGCUUGAGAUCACUCGUCGUUCAGUUUGAAGUACGAGAUGCAGACACCAUAGAUAUCAGAUCCAACUCGCUUGAGACACCUCGGCUGCUCUCCAACUGUGUGGUUACUAGCGCAGGCAACCGGAAUGAUCUAGACUUGGCUUGCCAGGCAGCUUAUAAGAAGGCCUGGAGUACCACAAAUUAUCAUCUCAUGACCAAAUGGCAUUCAGCUUCUCUUGC